GCACCGUCUUAAAAAUGUAAGGAAAUGACUUGUUCUAAAAACAUUAAUUUCCUGAGAUUGCAUUUAAGCAACCUAGGCAUAGAAGAGUAAUAAUUUUACUAGUACUUAUUUUUCUUCUAAAAUCAUGUGCUCAUAACAUUUUUUUAAAGUUCCUAACAUAUCUGUUAUUCUGAAAACAAACCUACGUCCUGUAUGCCAUUGAACAACCAAAGUGUUGUAUACGUAAUAAUGUCAUCUGAACUUUUUGCCCAGAAUUUAGCGGAGUCCUGUCAGUAUUUGUGGAUCAUUCAGUGGGGCAUUGGCCAUGUAUUUAAAAGAAAAGAACGGCGUGCUAGGGGCUGGAAUAGUAAAUAGCCCUUGAUUUCAGCUAUUAAAGGGGAAACGGAUAGUGUAGUGUAAAGCAUGUUUUAUGUUCUUUAAAGCAUAAAUUUGCUGAGGCUGAGGCAGGACGUUUUCUACUUUGAGGGCUACAGAAAGACUGGCUGGGGCAGGGAGGACACUGCUAAGGAUUUUACUUAAGUGAGAUUUUGAAGUUUUUUUGGUUUCUUUUUUUCUUCUUUCAAGACAGGGUUUCCACUGUAACAGUUGUGGCUGUCCUGGAACUCACUGUAGACCAGGCUGCCUCCCCUAGUGCUGGGAUUAAAGGCAUGUGCCACGUACCACUGUCCUGUUCGUGGUAAUUUCUGUUUGAUGCAUUUCAUGAAGAUGUAGGUUUUAUCCCUUGACGUGGAGCAUGUUUCACCUUAAGCUUCUUUUUUUUUGAGACAGGGUUCUCUGUAACAGCCCUGGGCAUCCAUUGUAAUUAGGCUGGCCUUGAGCUCUCAGGGGUGGACCUGAGUCCACCACCACUGCCCAGCCCCGGGUUUUGAUUUUUGAGUUAGGGUUCCACUUUAGCCCAGGCUGGUCCGGAUUUCACUGUUCUGUGUAGGUUAGGUGUUCUCAACUUCUGUGCCUCCCAUGUGCUGGAAUCAUAGAUGUAAGUUGUAAGUAAAGCCUUUCUGGUUUUUGAUUUUUGUCUCAAUAACCGGAGUCGUGCCAUGUGGCUCAGACUAGCCUGAGAGUGCCAGUGACUGCAGGUGUGGCCCCCGCCCCCAGAUGAAGAUGGCGUUGGCGGUAGCCCUUUUGUUUUCUUUCUCAGACGACCUCCUGUUCACGGACGAAAUCAUCACUAAUGGCUUCCAUUCCUGCGAGAGUGAUGAAGACGAUAGAACUUCGCGUGCGAGCUCUAGUGACUGGACUCCGCGGCCGCGGAUAGGUCCAUAUACUUUUGUUCAGCAGCAUCUCAUGAUUGGUACUGAUCCUCGAACAAUUCUUAAAGAUUUACUACCAGAAACAAUUCCUCCACCUGAUUUGGAUGAUAUGACACUGUGGCAGAUUGUUAUUAAUAUUCUUUCAGAACCACCAAAACGGAAAAAAAGAAAAGAUGUUAAUACAAUUGAAGAUGCUGUGAAGUUACUACAAGAAUGCAAAAAGAUAAUAGUUUUAACUGGAGCUGGGGUUUCUGUUUCCUGUGGAAUACCCGACUUCAGAUCAAGAGAUGGUAUUUAUGCUCGUCUUGCCGUGGACUUCCCAGAUCUCCCAGAUCCUCAAGCCAUGUUUGAUAUUGAGUAUUUUAGAAAAGAUCCAAGACCAUUCUUCAAGUUUGCAAAGGAAAUAUAUCCUGGACAGUUCCAGCCAUCUCUGUGUCACAAAUUCAUAGCUUUGUCAGAUAAAGAAGGAAAACUACUUCGAAACUAUACUCAAAAUAUAGAUACCUUGGAACAGGUUGCAGGAAUUCAAAGGAUCAUCCAGUGUCAUGGUUCUUUUGCAACAGCAUCUUGCCUGAUUUGUAAAUACAAAGUUGAUUGUGAAACUGUUCGUGGAGACAUUUUUAAUCAGGUAGUUCCUCGGUGUCCCAGGUGCCCAGCCGAUGAGCCACUUGCUAUUAUGAAGCCGGAGAUUGUCUUCUUUGGUGAAAAUUUACCAGAACAGUUUCAUAGAGCCAUGAAGUAUGACAAAGAUGAGGUUGACCUCCUCAUUGUUAUUGGGUCUUCUCUGAAAGUAAGACCAGUAGCAUUAAUUCCAAGUUCCAUACCCCAUGAAGUGCCUCAAAUAUUAAUAAAUAGGGAACCUUUGCCUCAUCUGCAUUUUGAUGUAGAGCUUCUUGGAGACUGUGAUGUCAUAAUUAAUGAGUUGUGUCAUAGGUUAGGUGGUGAAUAUGCCAAACUUUGUUGUAACCCUGUAAAGCUUUCAGAAAUUACUGAAAAACCUCCACGAACACACAAGGAAUUGGUUCAUUUAUCAGAGUUGCCACCAACACCUCUUCAUAUUUCUGAAGCCUCAAGUUCACCUGAAAGAACUAUACCACAAGAUUCUUCUGUGAUUACUACACUUGUAGACCAAGCAACAAAGAACAAAGCUGACGAUUUAGAAGUAUCUGAAUCAAAAAGUUGUAUGGAAGAAAAUUCACAAGAAGUACAGGCUUGUAGGAAUGUUGAGAGCAUUAAUGUAGAAAACUCAGAUUUCAAGGCUGUUGGUUCCAGUACUGGAGAGAAAAAUGAAAGAACUUCAGUUGCAGAAGCUGUGAGAAAGUGUUGGCCCAAUAGACUUGCAAAGGAGCAGAUUAGUAAGCGCCUUGAUGGUAAUCAGUACCUUUUUGUACCACCAAAUCGUUACAUAUUCCAUGGUGCGGAGGUGUACUCAGACUCUGAAGAUGAUGUCUUAUCCUCUAGUUCCUGUGGCAGUGACAGCGGCACAUGCCAGAGUCCUAGUUUAGAAGAACCCAUGGAAGAUGAAAGUGAGAUUGAAGAGUUCUACAAUGGUUUGGAAGAUGAUCCUGAUAGACCUGAAGGUGCUGAUGGAGGGGAUCAGGAGGGAGUUAAUGAAGCUGCAGCCAUGCGACAGGAAGUGGCAGGUGUGAACUAUCCAUCAGACAAAUCAUAACGUUACCACAGCUGUCCAGGUACAGGAACUGCUCCACCAGCAUUGGGAACUUCAGCAUGUCAAAAAUGAAUGUUUACUUGUGAACUUGAACAAGGAAAUGAGAAAGAUGUAAUAUUUAUAGACUGGAAAAUAGAUUGUCUUCUAAUUUUUAAAGUUCCAUCAUAUUUCUGUACUUGUACAUUCAACACUAACCUUUUUAAAGGUACUAGGUAUCUUUAAUCAGCUGUUAGUUGACUUCAAUUUCCUUUAAAGGUUCAUUUGUAUGAUACAUCCAUAUGUAUAUAUAUUUUGUUUUUGUUUUUGCCUAAUGAUUUUCAACAUUUUAAAGUUUUCAAAAAGCCAUUGGAAUGUUAAUUAAUGUAAAGGGAACAGCUUAUAUAGACCAAAGAAUGGUAUUUCACACUUUUUGUUUAUAUAUAACAUUGAAUAGUUUUGAAAUCCUCAAUUUCUGUUCUGCUGAAUUUUAUUUUUAGCAGUUACCUUUUGAAACACUGGCAUUUUCAAAAACUUGUGGCAGCUAACUUUUUAAAAUCACUGAUGACGUAUAAUGUGAGAAGGAAGUCAGCAUGUGUGGGGAGCACUCAAAACUUGCUCAGUUUGAAGUAUUUACUGCUGAAGAUGGCAUGUACUUGCUGCAGUCACCAGACUAACCUGAUAAAUGAUUUGAAAAUGUUUCAGUUGCUCUAGAAACAAUAGUCCUGUCUAUAGGUCCCCUUAGUUUAACCUA